GAGUUCUAUUAUUGUAAAUGAUAAUAGCGAGGUUAAAAACACGUUCUGCUUGUUUUCGUACCCAUUGCUUGAAAACCAUCAAGUUGAAGUUGAACAAAGAAAAUUGUGCGGAUCACAGGGUUUGUCAAGCUUCUAUUUUGAUGCACAUGGAUUGCGGGUGCUAGAUUAUAGCCUACAUUUAAUCUUUGUGAAGAACCCUAUGUUGUGUCCAGUGUUUAUGUAAAUGGGAAUAGACAAGCAAGACUACAAAGGCAUUUUCUAUUCUUCAGUUUGAACUUGUCACAGUCGACAUUUUUGCACUAAUAUUAAAGGAGCUGUAAUUAGAAUGAUCUGUUGAUUUGACAUUUUAAAGGCAUAGAUGGCAUCAACACAAGUAUUUUGUGGAACAUUUAUCCAUUCAACUGAUAAAGAUCCAUUAAUAAUUUUAGAAAAUACAAUUAUUGGUGUUCAGCGCGAUACGAUAAUAUUUAUUGACAAUGAAGACAAGAUAAGGGACAGAUUAGAAGAAUAUCAACUACCAAACAAUGUUGUUAAAUACCUUACAUCAGGUCAGUUUAUUAUACCUGGAUUUGUUGAUACUCACGCCCAUGCUUCUCAGUAUACCUUCUGUGGUAAAGGAAUGGAUAAAGGUUUACUGGAUUGGCUAGAUUGUUAUACAUUUCCAACAGAAGCGAGAUUUAAAGAUACAGAAUUCGCUAGAGAUGUGUAUAGCAAAGUUGUGGAUAGGUUUUUAAAAAAUGGUACAACGACAGCAUCAUACUAUGCCACAAUACAUACUGACACUUCUAUUUUACUCUGUAAGAUUAUUGAGAAAUAUGGACAGCGGGCACUUGUUGGUAAAGUUAAUGUCGACAUGGAGGCGCCAGAAUACUAUAUAGAAGAUACAACAGAAUCAGUUGCAGGCACAGAAGCAUUUGUUAAAGCAGUAACAGAAUUGGAGAAUCCACUAAUAACACCCUGUGUAACUCCAAGAUUUGCAGUAAGUUGUUCAGAAGAACUACUGAAAAAGGUUGGACAGAUAGCCGAACAAUUUCAACUACCUAUACAGACUCAUCUUAGUGAAUGUAGACCUGAAUGUAACGUGAUUACAUCUGUACAUCCCAAAAGAUUAAAUUAUACGGAUGUUUAUAACCAUGCUGGACUUCUCACUAACAGAACAAUAUUGGCUCACAGUAUAUAUCUAUGUGAUGAAGAAAUAGAAGUAAUCAAAUUAAAAGGCUGUGGUAUUUCUCAUUGUCCUAACUCAAAUUUAACGUUAAGAAGUGGACUUCUCAAUACAAGAACACUAUUAGACAAAAACAUAAAGAUAGGACUAGGAACUGAUAUUGCUGGUGGCUACAGUCCGUCCAUGUUAAACGCCAUACGCCAAACUAUACAGAUAUCUAAUACACAUGCUAUUCUAGCGGAGAAAGAUGGCGAGAAGUAUAAACCAUUGAGUUUUAAAGAGGUGUUUCGACUGGCAACACUUGGUGGUAGUCAAGUCCUAGGACUUGGUAAGGUGAUUGGUAAUUUUGAAAUUGGAAAACAAUUUGAUGCUUUAAUAAUAGAUCCACAAUGUACCAAUAGUGCAUUUGAUAUAUUUGAUACAGAUGAAAACAAAGAAGAUUUUCUAGAGAAAUUUUUGUUUAUGGGUGAUGACCGUAAUAUAAAGAGUGUUUAUGUAGCGGGAAGAUGUGUGUAUGAAGCUGGUAAAAGGGUCGUAUUGUCACACAGAGAUUCAUAAAACUGUUUUAAAAUAUUUAUUUCAUAUUUUACAUUUAAAGCUAGUAAGAUAUUUUAGUGAAUUUCCUAGACAUCAAUUUAUGAUGACUAUAUAAUACCGGUAGUUUUGUAUAUUAUCUGUAAAUCUGAUUUUGUUAAUGUAUUUUUUAAAUAUUUUUUUUAUUUUUUACAUUUAUAAAGUUAGAUAUUUUAGUGAA